AUGCGCUCCUUCUUGCUCGGUCUGGCCACUGCGAGCCUCGCAGCUGCUCACUUCCAGCUGAAAUAUCCCGCUGCGGGUUUCGACGAUGAUCUCGAGGGCACAGGCCCAUGCGGUGGCGUAACACCAGUAGUCGAUUCAGGCAGUCCAGAGAUCACAGUCGACCAGUUCGCGGUCCAGAUAUUCACAAGCCAUCCAAUGGGCAACUUUUCCUUUUUCGCGACGACCAAUGUUGCUGAGCCGUACAAUUUCACAGAAAUCGUACCAUCCGUCAAGACAACCGGAGCCGGAGACUUCUGCCUGACUUCCAUCAGUCUUCCAAGCGACUGGGCCGGCAAGCAGGGCAUUCUCCAAGUCGUUGACCAGGGACCUGACGGCGUGCUAUACCAGUGCGCACCUGUCCGCUUCGUCGAGGGAGCAAACAGCACAGCGGGACCAUCCUGCAAGAACGCUUCGUCGUUCGCGGCAGAAUGGACUAGCGCGACGACAACUGGCGAGGAGACAAACACCACCUCAUCAUCUGCCGGAGCGGCGACUUCGACUCCAGCCGGUGCGGGCGCUGCUCUCAAGGCCGGUGUGGGAAGUGUACUAGGAUUUGGUCUUCUGGCUGCAGCUCUCGCGUUGUGA